AUGAAUGCAUCACAAUCAGCAAGAAUAACGGAAUGUAGGUAUAACCAGAUAAAAUAUGAUUGCAGUGAGGAGGCAAACCUGCGCGAAUUAGAAUCAAUACUUUAUAUUGUUUGUCCGCAUGUAACAUUCGGAACUAUAUCUCGUUAUCGUUCUCGAUUUUUUACUUUCGCCUGUUUUGAUAUAGUAAGUGCCCUGCAAUCGGUCGAAAUAUCUGCUAUAUUCUAG